AUGCGUCCCACCACGCUCGCGCGCCUCUGCGCCGUCGUCUUGGCGCUUCUCAGCGUCGGCCUCAGCGGCACGAAUGACAGAGACGCGGCCAAUUCGGCGCGGAUGCCGGCGGUGCUGAUGGCCCGCGCGCAGCCCCUGGCGGGGCCGCGGUGCGUGAACCGGUUUCCGGAGAAGCCGCUGUGCAAGUUCGUCGACGACCUCGCCGCGUCGCCGCUCACCUUCCUCGACGCGUCGACCGGCGAGACCAUCAAACUCGGCGCGUAUGACAAGUUCCACCGCGACCUGCCCGACACCAAGGUGUAUGCGUACGGCGUCUCCCGCGACUCUGCGCGCUACCCGGGCCCCGUGCUCGUCGCGAAACGCGGCAUUACCACCAAGGUCUGGCCGUUCCUUAAUGUUCGGCGAGCGAUGCACCGGAUUCGCAUGCUGAGUGCGGCCAACGCGCGCACGUACAACCUCACCUUCCAGUGUGCUGGCCGCGGUGACCACAACUUCAACCCGCCUCUUGCUGGACCCGUGCUGCCCUUCUACCUGAUUGGUUCCGACGGAGGCUAUCUCUCCCGUCCGCUGCGCCGCUCCUUCUUGCUCGUCGUCCCGGGCACGCGUCACGACCUUCUUCUUGACUUCAACACUGCACCCGGAUGGUGCCGUGACGUCAUCAUUGUCAACAGCGCAGCCAUUCCCUUCCCCGUGGGAGGGCCUGCUGACUGGUUCACGGGCGUGUCCCCCCGUCCCCACAAGCAGCCCGCUGACUCAUUCACGGGCGUGGUCAUGCAAUUCAUCAUCAACCAGCGCUCCCCUGUCACGCCCCCUGCUCUGCCCAACAAGCUUUCGGUGAGUGACUUUUCUCUGUCUGCCGCCCAGUCUGACAUGUCUGCUGCCCAGUCUGGCAUGUCUGCCGCCCAGUCUGGCAUGCCUGGAAUGCAUAAGGCGUCACAAUCUUCUUGCCUCCCUUCCCCAUUUGAAACCCCUCCCUGCUUGCUUGCGGUACAUACCCUAGUGGACUUAAACAGGCAGAAAAGCAGCAUUUCCUCACCACCAUCUUUCUCACUCACUCGCUCAAACGCUCACUCUCUCACUCACUCUCUCCCUUCUGUGCUCACCCAUUCACUGCUGCCUCCCGCUCUGCAGUACAUCCCUCCAGUGAACCUCACCCAGGCAGUGAAGCAGCGCUGGCUCGCCAUCUCCUUUAUCAUCGACCCCGUCUCACAGAAACCGAGCGCCAUGCUGCUGGAUGGCAAGACCUACAUGGAUCCAGCCACCGAGAAACCCAAAGUGGGCACUUCGGAGCUUUGGCACAUCAUCAACCCGACCUUCGAGACGCACCCCAUGCACCUGCACCUCGUGCAGCAUCGCCCCAUCUCCCGCCGUCCGAUCAACUCUGGCGGGCUAAUCAACGGCUCCUGUUCGCUCGCUCCCUCCUCCCCUUUCAAGCCCAGCUGCUUCACUGGGCCGGCCCGGGCCGUGCCGCAGCAUGAGAGGGGAUGGAAGGACACCACUGUUGCGUGGCCGGAUAGCGUUCUCACUAUCUUCGUGCCGUUCAAGGGGCAGAAUGGCAAGCCGUUCCCUUUUGACGCCACGGAGGGCCCGGGCUACGUGUGGCACUGCCACGCACUGGAGCACGAGGACAACGACAUGAUGAGGCCACUCGUUAUGACCGCGUAG